AUUCUUCUCUUCGUCUCAUUCCUCACUCGCACUCUCUUCGUCUCCCUCCGGCGAGAGCGAGAACAGGAGGAAGAACCAGAAUUAUCCCCAAAAAUUAUUUCUUUAAAAAAAUCUAAGGAUGGAUUUUUCUUCUUCUUCCUCGACUGUUACCACAACUGUCACCACCGUCGCCGCAGCCACCACUGUGGUGUCGAAAUGCAGGGUGUAUCCGUCUCAGACGUCCGCCAUGGACGACCUCAAGCUCUCCGUCUCCGACCUCCCCAUGCUCUCCUGCCACUACAUCCAGAAGGGGGUCCUCCUCCCGCAGCCCCCCUUCCCCAUCCAAUCCCUUGUCUCCCUCCUCAAGCUCUCCCUCUCCCUCUCCCUCUCCCUCUUCCCUCCCCUCGCCGGCCGCCUCUCCACCGAUUCCUCCGGCCACUUCCUCAUCUCCUGCAAUGACGAGGGUGUGGACUUGAUCCACGCCUCGGCUGUCGACCUCCUCGUCGCCGACCUCCUCUCCCCGUCCCGCGUCCCCGAGCGCUUCAAGUCUUUCUUCCCGAUGGACCGGACGGUGAGCUACCGAGGCCACUGGGAGCCCAUCGUGGCCGUCCAGGUGACGGAGCUGCGAGACGGCGUCUUCAUCGGCUGCGCCGCGAACCACGCCGUCGUCGACGGGACCUCGUUCUGGAACUUCUUCAACACCUUUGCCGAGGUCUCGCGAAUCGGGGAGCGGAGGUUCUCGAAGGUUCCGGACUUCUGCCGGGAGUCGGUGCUGAUUUCAAAGGCCGUGCUCAAAAUCCCCGAAGGCGGCCCGAGGGUGACGUUCGACGAGGACGAGCCGCUGAGCGAGAGGAUCUUCAGCUUCAGCCGGGAAGCGAUCUUACGGCUCAAAGCCAAAGCCAACGACAAGAAAUGGAGCGAAUCCGAUGACGGCGACUUUAACGCCGGGGAGAUCAUGGGGAAGCAAAUGCACGACCCCCACGUGACCAGCAGCAACGAAAAGCUGACGCCGUCGUUCCUCCAGAGCUGGUUCGCGAAGCCACGUGGCGGGACAGGGACGCGCGUCGAAACGGUGGAGAUCUCGUCAUUCCAGGCGCUGUGCGCGCUGCUGUGGAGGUCCGUGACGCGCGCGAGGAAGCUCCCCUCGUCCAAGACGACGACCUUCCGGAUGGCGGUGAACUGCCGCCAUAGGCUCGAGCCGCUGCUCGACGCUCACUACUUCGGGAACGCGAUCCAGAGCACCCCGACGCACGCGGCGGCGGGGGAGGUGCUGUCACGGGACCUGCGGUGGUGCGCGGAGAGGCUGAACAGGUCGGUGGCGGCACACGGGGACGCGGCGGUGCGCGGGGCAGUAAAGGAGUGGGAGAGGGAGCCGAGGCUGUUCCCGCUGGGGAACGCCGACGGCGCGUCGAUGACGAUGGGGAGCUCGCCGAGGUUCCCGAUGUACGAGAACGACUUCGGGUGGGGGAGGCCGGUGGCGAUCAGGAGCGGCAAGGCGAACAAGUUUGACGGGAAGAUAUCGGCGUUUCCGGGGAGGGAAGGCGGCGGGAGCGUCGACCUGGAGGUGGUGUUGGCGCCGGAGACGAUGGACGGGAUCGAGUGCGACUCGGAGUUUAUGCAAUACGCGUCGCAGUGCUGAUGAUGUGACGGUGUUGGCGUCGCUGGAUUUGGUCUCUCCCGAGGGACGGGAUUGAGUGUCGGAUUCGGUGGGGUCCAGGAGUUUCAACGGUGCGGAUUUGGUCUGAGAUGUACAUUUGAGGAUUGACUAGGAUCCUCUCUCUCUUCUCGCGCGGGGCAUGUCUGACCUUAAAUAAGUCAAAGUUAGUUUUAACCUUAUCUGUCUUCAAACCUUUUUCUUCUUCACGUCGGAUCCUUUGUUGCAUUUCAACGGUGUCGAAUUCCCGGGCAUGACCCAAUCUAAUUUGGUAGUUAAAAUCACUCUCUUCGUUUUGAUUCGAUUACAUCUCGCGAUCGAUGAUGUG